AACAAAACUUUUGAUGUUUAUGAUGUUCCAGCCAGAACAAGUAGCACUGCUAGACAGCCAAUAGCCGACGCUUCUGCUGCGGAGGCAACCCCCUUCAACUAUGGUUCAGGACAUCUGCGGCCAAACCGCGCGAUGGAUCCUGGGUUGGUCUCUGACUUAACCACCACGGAUUACUUGAAUUUUCUGUGCUCCAUCGGCUAUAAUGCAACCCAGAUGUCAAUAUUCAUCGAAGAGCCAUAUGCUUGCCCACCAAAGAAUAUCAGUUUGUUGAACUUCAACUAUCCUUCAAUUACUGUCCCUAAUCUCUCAGGAAAUGUCACGCUGACUAGAACCUUAAAGAACGCGGGAACUCCAGGAUUAUACACAGUUCGUGUCAAGAAGCCUGAUGGAAUAUUAGUUAAGGUAGAGCCAGCGAGUUUGAAAUUCAGCAAGCUAAAUGAAGAGAGAACUUUCAAGGUCAUACUGAAGGCUAAGGACAAUUGGUUUAGCAGUUCUUACGUGUUUGGAGGGCUCACAUGGUCAGAUGGUGUGCACCAUGUUAGGAGUCCUUUUGUGGUCAGGAAGGCAGUGAACCCAACUUCGAAUUAAAUGAAUUUGUUCUAGCUAGUCUAAGAUUGAAUUAUGUUAAAAAAAUUAUUUUUGUC